AUGUAUCUGUCGCCAGACAAUUACGGCGAGAGUGAGAGUUUGGAUCAGGAAUCAGCAAAAACUCCUGACUCCUUCCUGCUUAUCAUAUAUCUGCAUGAAAUGGCAACUGGAGGUGAUCGUAAUGAUAUAUCACAACCUAUAUCUUUAAUGAGUGUUGGAUUUCUUGCCAGAGGGUGGAAGUUUUUGGAAUCACCCUCAAUUGCCACGGUUCCAGGUGAAGAAACCUGCAGAGAACAGAUUGAUCAAGUGCCAAUGGAGCUAGCAGAAAAGGAGAGGCCACAGAAUGAGAAACAGAUGCAGAAAGAUGAAGGUUUUAACAUUAAAGAAGGGGAGGCAGCUAAUGAGAAAGCAGUUGUGGACGAGACCAAACAGAUUGCAGAAAAGGACAAACAAGUUAAUGAUGUUACUGGAACCAUUUUACAGAUUGAAGAACCAUGCCUUAACAUUGGAGAAGAGGAGAAAAUAUUCAAACAAGUUGAAGCAAUUGAAGAUGGGGAGGCUGAAGUUGAAGGAAAACCAAAGAGCAUAGAGAAGGAAAUCGGCAGCCCAGAGAAAAAUGAGGAAGAAGAAAGGAAGAUCGAAGAGAGCAUUGAACUGGAAACUAGAAAGGAUGUUAGCUCGUUUGAUCCAAGCUUGGGUCAGGGAAAAGAAGCUCAGAGUCAAACUCCCAAUGUGACAUCCAAAAACUUGGACAACCGUGAAACAGUCAAAGAAGUUUGCCUGGAGAAUGAAAGCAAAGACAGUAGCACAGAUGAUAAAACUAGAAUUAUUGAUGAACAACAGAGAGGAGAAGAAAGAUUUGAAGGAGUUGAAGAGAAAUCAGAGAGUUGCUCUAGUUUCUUAGAUGAGAAGGGUCGUGAUGUUGUCGAACCAAUUGCAAAGAUAGAAAAUGAGAAAGAAGGCACGGCAUGCAGUACAAUUGGAGGGGAAACCUCUAUGGUAGAAGCAGGCAUAGACAUUCGGAAUGAUAAAGAAGCAAUAUCUGAAAUUGGAGAAGGUGUGCAAGACAAACGAAAUACAGAUGACAUCGCUACUGUCGCACAUAAAACACAAGAGAAGCAAAUAGAAGAAAUGAACUCUCAGCAAGUAACCAAGCCUGACAUAUGCACAGUCUCAGAAACUGAAUCAGAGGAAAUUAUCAAGAAGAGUCUAGCAGAAGAAGGUCAAACUGUUAUCCUUGAGAAAACAGCUGAAUCUGGCAGCAAUGGAGGUGAAAAUAUCAAGGAUGAGAUGAAUCCUGAACAAAAGCUUGACGGUUUGUUUGUGAAACACGAGAAGAGCAAGCAAAGCAUAGAUGAGGAACUGGCUAUGGCAGAGGAAUCAACAGAGGAGAGCAGAGACAUAGAGAGUCAUAAUGUGGUAGCAGCUGACAACAACACAAGUGAUGCAGUACAUAUUACUAUUAGUACUGCUCAGGAGCAUUCAGCAAUAGCAGAUGAAGACAAAAUCAAGGAUGCAGUAACCGCUACUGAUCCAGAGCCAGAGCAUAGGAAAGAAGAGAAGUCUAAUUAUGAGGAUAAGAUGGAGGAAAAGUUCCCACAGCAAGAUGAAGCAGGAAAUGAGAAGAUUGAAAAUUCCUUGAAAUUGACUUCUGGGGAGACAGAUACAGCUACCUCAAGUGAAGGCUCUGAAGAAAUUGCAUCUGCCAAAGAGGAUACGAAGGAAGAGAAACUAAUUGAUGCCAAUGCUAUCGUAGACAAGGGGCUUCCAAUAGAAAAGGGUCUCCCACCAAUGGAUUUGAAUGAGAGGAUUGAAGAUGCAGAACUGGAGCUUCAAAACAAGAAUUCCAUUGAGUUGCACAUAAGUCAUCGAUUGGAACAAGAAACAGUAUUAGUAAAAGGUGAAGAACAGCAAAAAAUCUCUGAUUUUGUACCUCAAGAAGAAAAUGGACUAUCUAAAGACAUGGUAAAACAUGUUGAAGAUGCCUCUGAAGCAUCUGAAAGCAUAAAGAACACCAAUUUAGGGCAUCCGUCUGCAGAAGGGGCACUAACAACAGAAGCGAGCUCAAAAGCAAGUGAAACGGAUGUUGUGAAAGUGGAAAAGGUUCAUGAAUUGGAAUCCAAAGAAAAGUUAGAGAUUGAUGAUGCUGGGACAAACUUAGAAGAGGAAAUGCAAAAGAAGGAAGAAACGGAUGAUGAACAGAAACAGACAUGUCAAAUGGUAACAACAAGUGAGUUCUUUAAAACUUCAAACCUUCUCACUCUCAAAUUGAAGCAGAACUCUUUAAAUAUCACAAUAAUACAUAUAAAUGAAGAGGACAAGCACGUGAGUUUAUCAGGUAAUGACAGGCCCCAAACAAUCAUUGCAGGUGGUACGAUUGAAGAAGUAACCUCAGAUAAAGUCUGCAGUAGAGAAGUUGUUGACGACAAAGUAGAGCAUAGUGUUCAAGCAGCAGGUCUUCAGGAGGCAGAAACACCAUUGAGAAAUGAAGUUGAACAGAAUGAUGGAACAAGUAACAUUAUAAAUGAAGAGGUGAUUGAUGAACCUAAGAUCACAGACACUGGAGAGGUCAUUGAUGAAGAGAAAAUUAAAGAUGAUACAACAAACCUUUCAUCAGAAGUAAUUGAUGAAAAGGUGGUUGAGAGCUUUCAAGACAAUGAAAUGGAGGCAGAGGUAUCAAAAGAAGAGUACGUCAAAGAACAGACGAAGGAGGACCUAAAUACUGAGGACAUCUUACAAGAAUCUAUUCAAGAAGCCUCAGUUAAUAACUGCCAAAAUGAUGGAAAGAUUGCUGAAAAGUCCAGCAGAGAGAUGCAUGAAGUGUCUGAGGCAGCGAAAGAGGUUGAGACAAACAAUAAUGAUGAAAGCCCUGGCUCAACUCUACAAACUUCACUGCUAGAAGAACAGGAAAGCCUGCAAACUGAAAAUCUAACUGUAGCAGCAGAGGAAAAAGAUGAAGACGGAUCUUCUAUCAGAAAGGAUGAAGACGGAGAGAGUAAUAGUGGGCUAAAAGAGGUUAAGGAGUGCAGUGAGCAAGAGACGUUGAAAGGUGAAGCAGAUGUAGAGCAAAUGUUUCCAAAGAAUGAGCUGCAAGAAAAUCUUGAACAUUCAGCUAGCAUGAUAUCUGCAGAAAGGGAUGAAGGUGCCUUGAAUAAAAUGACUCAGAACACUGAAGAAGAGAUAGUUGAAGGUGUUGAAGACAUCACGAAGGAGGCAGAAAUGGGAAAAGAAGAGGGCGAGGAACAUGCCACUGACGAGAGCAAUCCUAAAAGCAUCUCACUAGAAUCCAUCAAAGAAGUUCCGGUUAGCAACCCACUGACUGAUGAAAAGAAAGCUGAGGAGUUCAAAGGAGAGGUGAGUGUAAACUCUGUCUCUAUCAAUUUUAUUCCAUACUCUUAUUUGUUGACUGAAAAGUUUCAGUUUCUUAAACAGAUUUUCGAUGCAGUACCAAUUACUAUUAGUACUGCUCAGGAGCAUUCAGCAAUAGCAGAUGAAGACAAAAUCAUGGAUGCAGUAACCACUACUGCUCCAGAGCCAGAGCACAGCAAAGAGGAGAAGUCUAAUUAUGAGGAUGAGACGGAGGAAAAGUUCCCACAGCAAGAUGAAGCAGGAAAUGAGAAGAUUGAAAAUUCCUUGAAAUUGACUUCUGGGGAGAUAGGUACAGCUGCCUCAAGUGAAUGCUCUGAAGAAAUUGCAUCUGCCAAAGAGGAUACGAAGGAAGAGAAACCAAUUGAUGCCGAUGCUAUCAUAGACAAUGGGCUUCCAAUAGAAAAGGGUCUCCCACCAAUGGAUUUGAAUGAGAGGAUUGAAGAUGCAGAACUGGAGCUUCAAAACAAGACUUCCAGUGAGUUGCACAUAAUUCAUUCAUUGGAACAAGAAACAGUACUAGUAAAAGGCGAAAAACAGCAAAAAGUCUCUGAUUUCGUACCUCAAGAAGAAAAUGGACUAUCUAAAGACUUGGUACAACAUGUUGAGGAUGCCUCUGAAGCAUCUGAAAGCAUAAAGAACACCAAUUUAAGGCAUCCGUCUGCAGAAGGGGCAAUAACAACAGAAGUGAGCUCAAAAGCAAGUGAAAUGGUUGUUGAGAAAGUGGAAAAGGUUCAUGAAUCGGAAUCCGAAGAAAAGUUAGAGAUUGAUGAUGCUGGGACAAACUUAGAAGAGGAAAUGCAAAAGAAGGAAGAAAAACAUGAUGAACAGAAACAGACAUGUCAAAUGGCAACAACAAGUGAGUUCUUUAAAACUUCAAACCUUCUCACGCUCAAAUUGAAGCAGAACUCUUUAAAUAUCACAAUAAUACAUAUAAAUGAAGAGGACAAGCACGUGAGUUUAUCAGGUAAUGACGGCCACCAAAUAAUCAUUGCAGGUGGUAUGAUUGAAGAAGUAACCUCAGAUAAAGUCUGCAGUAGAGAAUCUGUUGACGACAAAGUAGAGCAUAGUGUUCAAGCAGCAGGUCUUCAGGAGGCAGAAACACCAUUGAGAAAUGAAGUUGAACAGAAUGAUGGAACAAGUAACAUUAUAAAUGAAGAGGUGAAUGAUGAACCUAAGAUCACAGACACUGGAGAGGUCAUUGAUGAAGAGAAAAUUAAAGCUGAUGCAACAAACCUUUCAUCAGAAGUAAUUGAUGAAAAGGUAGUGGAGAGCUGUCAAGACAAUGAAAUGGAGGCAGAGAUAUCAAAAGAAGAGUACGUUGAAGAACAGACGAAGGAGGACCUAAAUACUGAGGACAUCUUACCAGAAUCUCUUCAAGAAGCCUCAGUUAAUAACUUCCAAAAUGAUGGAAAGAUUGCUGAAAAGUCCAGCAGAGAGAUGCAUGAAGUGUCCGAGGCAGCAAAAGAGGUUGAGACAAACAAUAAUGAUGAAAGCCCUGACUCAACUCUACAAACUUCACUGCUAGAAGAACAGGAAAGCCUGAAAACUGAAAAUCUAACUGUAGCAGCAGGGGAAAAAGAUGAAAACGGAGAGAGUAAUAGUGGGCUAAAAGAGGUUAAGGAGUGCAGUGAGCAAGAGACGUUGAAAGGUGAAGAAGAUGUAGAGCAAAUGUUUCCAAAGAAUGAGCUGCAAGAAAAUCUUGAAGCUAGCAUGACAUCUGCAGAAACGGAUGAAGGUGCUUUGAAUAAAAUGACUCAGAACACUGAAGAAGAGAUAGUUGAAGGUGUUGAAGAUGUCAAGAAGGAGGCAGAAAUGGGAAAAGAAGAGGAACAUGCCACUGAUGAGACCAAUCCUAAAAGCAUCUCACUAGAAUCCAUCAAAGAAGUUCCAGUUAGCAACCCACUGAAUGAUGAAAAGAAAGCUGAGGAGUUCAAAGGAGAGACUUUCGAUGCAGUACCAAUUACUAUUAGUACUGCUCAGGAGCAUUCAGCAAUAGCAGAUGAAGACAAAAUCAUGGAUGCAGUAACCACUACUGCUCCAGAGCCAGAGCAUAGCAAAGAGGAGAAGUCUAAUUAUGAGGAUGAGACGGAGGAAAAGUUCCCACAGCAAGAUGAAGCAGGAAAUGAGAAGAUUGAAAAUUCCUUGAAAUUGACUUCUAGGGAGAUAGAUACAGCUGCCUCAAGUGAAUGCUCUGAAGAAAUUGCAUCUGCCAAAGAGGAUACGAAGGAAGAGAAACCAACUGAUGCCGAUGCUAUCGUAGACAAUGGGCUUCCAAUAGAAAAGGGUCUCCCACCAAUGGAUUUGAAUGAGAGGAUUGAAGAUGCAGAACUGGAGCUUCAAAACAAGACUUCCAGUGAGUUGCACGUAAUUCAUUCAUUGGAACAAGAAACAGUACUAGUACAAGGUGAAAAACAGCCAAAAGUCUCUGAUUUCGUACCUCAAGAAGAAAAUGGACUAUCUAAAGACUUGGUAAAACAUGUUGAAGAUGCCUCUGAAGCAUCUGAAAGCAUAAAGAACACCAAUUUAGGGCAUCCGUCUGCAGAAGGGGCAAUAACAACAGAAGCGAGCUCAAAAGCAAGUGAAAUGGAUGUUGAGAAAGUGGAAAAGGUUCAUGAAUUGGAAUCCGAAGAAAAGUUAGAGACUGAUGAUGCUGGGACAAACUUAGAAGAGGAAAUGAAAAAGAAGGAAGAAACGCAUGAUGAACAGAAACAGACAGGUCAAAUGGCAACAACCAGUGAGUUCUUUAAAACUUCAAACCUUCUCAAUCUCAAAUUGAAGCAGAACUCUUUAAAUAUCACAAUAAUACAUAUAAAUGAAGAGGACAAGCUCGUGAGUUUAUCAGGUAAUGACGGUCCCCAAACAAUCAUUGCAGGUGAUGUGACUGAAGAAGUAACCUCAGAUGAAGUCUGCAGGAGAGAAUCUGUUGACGACAAAGUAGAGCAUAGUGUUCAAGCAGCAGGUCUUCAGGAGGCAGAAAAACCAUUGAGAAAUGAAGUUGAACAGAAUGAUGGAACAAGUAACAUUAUAAAUGAAGAGGUGAAUGAUGAACCUAAGAUCACAGACACUGGAGAGGUCAUUGAUAAAGAGAAAAUUAAAGAUGAUGCAACAAACCUUUCAUCAGAAGUAAUUGAUGAAAAGGUGGUUGAGAUCUGUCAAGACAAUGAAAUGAAGGCAGAGAUAUCAAAAGAAGAGUACGUUGAAGAACAGACGAAGGAGGACCUAAAUACUAAGGACAUCUUACCAGAAUCUAUUCAAGAAGCCUCAGUUAAUAACUUCCAAAAUGAUGGAAAGAUUGCUGAAAAGUCCAGCAGAGAGAUGCAUGAAGUGUCUGAGGCAGCAAAAGAGGUUGAGACAAACAAUAAUGAUGAAAGCCCUGUCUCAACUCUACAAACUUCACUGCUAGAAGAACAGGAAAGCCUGCAAACUGAAAAUCUAAAUGUAGCAGCAGAGGAAAAAGAUGAAGACAGAUCUUCUAUCAUAAAGGAUGAAGACGGAGAGAGUAAUAGUGGGCUAAAAGAGGCUAAGGAGUGCAGUGAGCAAGAGACAUUGAAAGGUGAAGAAGAUGUAGAGCAAAUGUUUCCAAAGAAUGAGCAGCAAGAAAAUCUUGAACAUUCAGCUAGCAUGAUAUCUGCAGAAACGGAGGAAGGUGCUUUGAAUAAAAUGGCUCAGAACACUGAAGAAGAGAUAGUUGAAGGUGUUGAAGAUGUCACGAAGGAGGCAGAAAUGGGAAAAGAAGAGGGCGAGGGACAUGCCACCAACGAGACCAAUCCUAAAAGCAUCUCACUAGAAUCUAUCAAAGAAGUUCCAGUUAGCAAACAACUGAAUGAUGAAAAGAAUGCUGAGGAGUUCAAAGGAGAGAUUUUCAAGGAAUCUGUGACAUCUGGAACAAAUGAGAGCAUUGCACAUGUGACAUAUCAGAAUGAUGGAACCCCCGACACAGCUCUUCAAUCUUCAACUGCGAAAGAAGUGGAAAUUGUGCAGGGUCAGGGUAAGGACAAAUCUCUAGCAGAAGCUUCACCUGAAGAGGAAGGAGAACAUGAUAGGGCUAGAGGGUCGACAAGGGUUGAAGAUAAUUCAAGAGAAGUCAGGCUAGAGGAGGAUCUAGAGAAGAAUGACGAUGAAACACCCAAAACAAUUGAUGCUGUUUCCCACGCCAAAAAUCAGCAUACUGAAUUCCCUAACUCAACUCUUGAAAUUUCACCAGUAGAGGAACAGGCAAGCCUGCAAAGAGAUAACCUAAUUCCAGCAGAAACUUCACCAGAGAAGAAAAAAUACGAGGAUGGAUCUUCUACCGAAAAAGAUGAAGACAAUGAGAAGAACACUGGGUUAGCAGAAGUGACACAGAAUGCUGGAGAAACAUUGAAGGCUGAAGCAAACUUAGAGCAAAUUUUGCAGAAUAAUGAAUUGAUAGAAAAUCCCGAACAUUCAAUUACCAUGGCAUGCAUAGAAAUUGAGAAAGAUGCUUUCACUAAAAUGGUUGAUAACCAUGAAGAAGAAAUAGUUGAGAUUCCUCGUGGAAAUGCAGAGGCAGAAUUGCAUAAAGAAGAACAUACCGAGGGACAUGCCAUAGAAAAGAGCAAAAUUAAUAGUCUCUCAAAAGAAUCUGCUGAGGAAGGUCUAAUUACGAACUCCCAGGAUGCUGCAGAGAAUUCUGAGAAGUCCAUCAAAGAGAUGUUAAUAGUUGGAGCAGAUGAGACAAAUCAGAAUGGUGAAGACUGCAACUCAAGUCUUACCAUUUCCUUGGUGAAAGUAGAUGAAAGUUUUAAGGGUGAAGAUAAGAACGUAUCUCCAGCUGAGGCUUCAUCACAUGAUGAAAAAGAAGAGCAUGAAUCUUUGGAUGGAGCAGGUGAAGGAAAUGAUAGCAAUCCUGACCUAAUUGUGAUUAAUCAGAACAGCAAGAGGGAAACAUCGAUUGUUGAAGAAGAUUUUGAAGAACAAUUGCAGAAAAUGGAACCAAGAGAGCCUGAAGAGUUAUCAACUGUUAUGGCUGCUGAAACUGAGACAGGCACUCUGAGUAACAAGAUUGACGAUAUUACAAGCCAGGAAGAAGUUGUCACUAUCCUAAACAUUGAAGAAACUGUAGCGAGGGAAAAGAAAGAUGGAAGUGAAGAUAUAGAUGUGACCAAAGUCAAAAAAGUUGUAAUGGAAGAGGAUCUCAAACUAGUUGCAGAAGCAUCCAAUGCAAACAAAAGCGUGAAGAAUGAUGUCGAGGAAGAAAAUAUGAUAUCGAGUGGAAAAGAAAUCGAAACACAUGAAAAGACAUUUGGAUUUGAAUCCAUACAGAAGUUGGAGGUUGAAGAGGAGAGGAACAUAGAUGAGGAAAUAGAGAAUGAAGGCAUCAAAGAGAUAUAUGGAGAUACUAAGCUUCCCGGCUUGAGUGAGAAGACUGACCAACACGUCACAACUGAAGAACACACCAGUACAGAUAUCUCACCACAAAUCACUGGAGAAACAACAGCCGAGGAAAAAGCAAAAACUGAAAAGGAGAUGUGGGAAGAAUCAGUGAUAACCAGUGUAGAUGAGGACACCAAGAAAAAGGCUCCAGAGGAGGAAAGCGCUAUCAAUGACCAGUCUAGGAUUAUAUAUGAAGGCGACAAAACACAAAUGUUGGUAGAACAAGAGCUGCAUGAGAUUAUUCAAACAGCUGAGGAGGAUGGCGAUAUUGGAAAACAAGGCAGUGUUAUUAAGGACAACUUGGAGGUGCCUCCAAGUGGCACAAAUGAAGAGAAUCCUCUACACAAGGAAACAAAAGAUGAAACUAAUACAGUAAAGCAAAAUGAUGAGGUCGACUCAAAUUCAGAAUUCACUGAGCCUAUUGAAGCCAGAGGUUCAGUGGACAGACUAGAAUUCGAGAUCUUGAGGGACAAACAAGGAGCAAAUAGUGACAUGUACCUUGCAAAAACAUCCGAAGAAGGAAUUUUACAAAAAGAAAGCAACAAAAGCCUCAUCGAAAUCUCCUCCUUAGAGUCCAGGAGUAAAGAAGAAAUCUUAGAAGAAGUAAAGCCUGCCGUGAAUGAUCCUAGCUCAACACCUAUUACAGGAAUUACAAGAGAAAUGAGCUUUAAGGAAGAGGAACCGGAAGAUAAAAGACAAAUAAAGAGUUUCAAACCAGCUCAUCAAGAGAAGGGACCAGUGACAAAUGGCACAGAACGAACAGCACUGGAAAAUGUGGAUAUUGAUGCUAAACCAGAGGAUGCCUCCAACUUUAUUGAGACUGAGGACAAUGGGAUUCCAGCAGGCAGUGGAGCAGAAGAGCUAGAGAACGAAAUGCUUAAGGAAACGGCAAUUAUGGGAAGCAAAGAUAACAAAGAGGAGACCACUAAUGAGACGUCAUUACGUAAUGUUUUAGAUGAUAAGAGGGAGUGUUCUACAAUGCUAUCUAAAGCAUCUGAGCUUGUGACCAAUGAAGGAAGCAAGACAACAGAUGAAACUUCAACAACAUAUGAAAACAUAAAAAUUCCCCAAACUCCACAGGAAACAGAAAUCAUGCCAAAGGAGGAUGUGCCCAUCAAUGCAAGAGAUGCCUCUAAAUCAGCGGAUCCUAAAAUACAAAGUAUAAUUGAAGAAGUUGGGUCAUAUCAAUUCGACAAUCUGAACAAGGAUCGUGUGCUAGACAAUGAAAAACAAGAAGGCAGAGAAAUCUCAAAAUUGGAAGAAGUAAGAGGCCUAGCCAAUCAGGAAGAGAUUUACAAAUCGAUGAGUUUAAAAGAUGAGGAUCUGUCAAAUGUAGGAGAUGAGGCCUUAAAGCAUAUUGAAGCGAUUAGUGCAGAAAGAAAAGAGGCUAUCCUGGAAGAAGAGAACUCUACUAAGAAAUCUGAAGAUAGCUUAACAGAAAAUGUUGAAGCAAACAAAGCAGCAUUUGAGCUCGAAGCAGGAACCAACAACCACGAGCAGGCUAUCAGCACCAAAGACUUUGAAGUUCUAGUAGAAGAGAAUUUUGAAGUAGCGGAAUCUGGCAAGAAGCUUGAGGGUGUCUCUGAAACUGAGACAAGAGAUCACAGCCAUGAAAUGAUCCCUGAGACAGAUCCAGGUAAAGUUGAGAACAUGAUUGAAAUUCAGAAUGAGAGUACUUCUGAAUCCAUGGAACAAAGUUCCCAAGAAUCUCAGAAAGUUCAAGAGGAGAUAGAAGAGAAAACAGAGCUGAAAUUUGAGGCUGAAGGUGAUGUAAAAGGAACACAAAACACAGAUGAGACUGUAAAGGAUGUCAUAUUGACUGAAGAGGUGCACAAAGAAGCAAAGAAAGCUGAUGGUGAAACUCUCAAAUGCACGGAAAAGGACGUAAAUGACACAAGGGAACUUUAUGUUAAAUCCACUGAAGAUGAAAGGGUUCAUGAGGUAGAAGAAUCCAGCCUUGGAUCCAGAGAAUUUCAUAAAGCAACAAAUUCUAAUGAACAGACAGCAAUUGUGAGCUCAGACAUUCAAGAGGCACCAACCAUGGAGGAGAUGACGGUUGCAGAAGCAAUAGAAGAUGAAGAUAACGAGAUGCCUGCAGUUCUCUCAACCUGCACACCAACUGAAGAAUCAGAAGAAAUAAUCAAGACUAUGGAGGAAGAAGAUAAGUGUUGUGAUGACAUCAAGACAACAACUAUGGUAGAGAUAACAAAGGAUAGCUUGGAAGAAGAUCAGCUGGAUGAAAAGACAGUACAGGUAUCUAAUAUUACCUCAAAUGAUAGCAUUUCUCAUACAAUUGAAGCUGAGGCAUGUCAACAAGAAAAAACCAAAGAUAACACAGCACUUGAACUACAUUCCUCCAACUUGGAAUCUCAAGUUCCAGCUGAUGAUCAUGAAAACAUAACAAGGGAGCAUGUAGCUGAAGAAAAUGAAGAUGCAGAUGAUGUUCAGGAAAACAAAAGGGCUUCUGAUGCAGUUUAUGAAUCCAAAGAUCAUGGUAUCAAUGAGCUCAACACAAGCAAAAUUAAAGAAGAAAUUGAGAAAUCCUCAGAAACAGUUGAAUCUCUAGGUGCUGAAGCAACAGCAAAUGAAGUUGCUACUGAGGAGAUUCUCCCAAAAGUUAUAUCAAAAGAAGAGCAAGGAACUUCAGCAUCAACUGAGAGAAUGGAAGGAAAAAUGAAGGAUGUAGAGGUGCUGAGAGACCAUCCAAGAAUAACAGAGGAGGUGCCCUUGCAAAAGGAAGAUUGCAAGGAACUUGACCUAUCUCAAUUAGAGCUUCAAUCCAACGAAGAUAUACCAAAUCAGAGUCCAAAUGAGGUACUAGAAGAAGAUUGUGCUGAAGCAACAAAAAAUGAAGUUGCUACUGAUGAGACUCUCCCAGAAGUUAUAUCCAAAGAAGAGCAAGGAACUUCAGCAACAACUGAGAGAAUGGAAGAAAAUAUUAAGGAUGUGGAGGUUCUGGAAUGUCAUCCAAUAGCAACAGAGGAGGUGCCCUUGCAAAAGGAAGAUUGCAGAGAACGUGACAUGUCCCAAUUAGAGCUUCAAUUAGAGUCCCAAUUAGAAGAAGAAAGUGGAACUCCUGAUGAAACCAAAAAAGAAAUCAAGGGAGCUCCAGAAUUAGGAUCCAUUGUCGAUUCUCAACCUUUUGAAGCACUAAAAGAAGAUGAGGGUACUUCAGUUCAGACUGAAAAGGAUUGUGGGACUGAAACCACGAUUGAAAACAUUGAAGAAUAUGGCCAAGAAGUUAAAAUACUGGCCGAUCCACAAAAUUCUUCUUCACCAAAGACAACAGAAGAUACAUGCUUGCAUAAGGAAGAGACCAAUGAGCUUGAAGUCUCAGGACUGGGGGUCGACCUUGACACAGGCAUACAGAAGGAUAGUUUGGAUGAAGUCCAAGUAGAAGAAAGUAAGAGCCCAGACGCUGCCUCAAAAUUACAGACUCCAGAAUAUGAAACAAGCAAAGAGGCUUCUGAAUUUGUGUCAGAAGACUUUGCUGAAUCAGAAGAAACUGAAAUCAAAGAAAAGCAUCCAGAGGUAGCAGUAACUGAUAUGGUAGCAGAGGAAAAUCAGAGUGAGAGAACAAUUGAUGCAACUGAAAUCAUACAUGAAGAACUCACAAACGAAGAGAGGAAAAACCAACAGAUCAUGGAGGAAAAGGAAGAUGCCGAUAAUAGUGACCCAGUAGCAACCCAUGGUGAAAAACCAACUAAAGAGAGUCAGGAAGAGUAUGAGCUGAAGGCUGAGGAAAGUCUAAGAGAUAAGGGGACAGCAAAGAACAUUCAAAAUGAAGAGUUAUACAAGGAAGUUGAAAAGGCUGAUGGAAACGAGAGAAUUGAAAAGCAGAUGGAUACUGAAAGAAUCAUUGAGCACCUUCACCUAGCUGCUGCUGAAAAUGAGACUAUAAAGGAGACCUUUCUGGACAAAGCAGAGGUCAAGAAUGUCAAGGAGGAAGGAUCCGAGUUGCACCUUGAAAAUCAGAGCAUUGAGACAACUUCUGGAAAUGAUGGCAGAACAGAGGCCACAACUGUAAAAGAAGAGAAAAUGGAUGUAGAGAUAUCACAAAAAGAAGGCCCCAUGGAUCUUGUAGAAGCCAAUGAAACCACCCAAGACAUUCAUGAGGGGGAGGAAAGCUCUAAGACCACUACUGAGCCAAUCGAAGAGCACCUUAAAGAAGCAGAAAUAGAAGUUGAUGAACAUCCACAAGAUUCUUCUUCGCCAAAGGCAACAGAAAAUAUAUGUUCGCAAAAGGAAGAGAACAAAGAGCUGGAAGUCUGUGGAUUAGGAGUUGAAUGCAAUACAAACAUGCAGAAGAACGGUUCAAAUGAAUUUGAUAAGGAAGAAGGCCGAACAUCAGAUAAAGAUUCAAUACUACAGCCUCAAGGAUAUGAAAGCAAGAUAAAAGAGAAAGAAUAUCCACCAGAAAGUGAAAAAAUGACAGAAAUAACAGAAACAGCAGCAUUUGAAAAAACCUCUGAUCUCAGGACUAAGACAAGUGAAGAGGCUUUCAAAACUGUGUCAGCGGUUUAUGAACACGAAGUUCUUGCUGAGUCAGAAGUAGAACAUACUGAAAGCAAAGAAGAAAAGCAUCCAGAAGUAGCAGUAACUGAUUUGGUGGCAAGAGAAAAUCAGAAUGAGAAAACAAUUGAUGCAACUGAAAUCAUGCAUGAUGAACUCACAAAUGAAAAGGACAAACAACAGGCCACAGAGGAAAAGGAAGAUGCCAAGAAUUGUAACCCAAUAAACCUCGGUGAAGAAACAACUAAAGAAAGCCACCAAAUAUAUGAUCUGAAGGGUGAAGAAAGUCAAGAAGAUAAGAUGGCAAAGGAAAUUCAGAAUGAAGAGGUAAGCAAUGAAAGGACUAGCGAAUACCUUCACCAAACUGCUGUCGAGAAUGAGACUAUCAAAGAGAGCUUUCCAGAUGAAGCAUUCGUCGAGAACGCUGAGGACCUGGGAACUAAGCUGCAGGUUGAAAAUCAACACGAAGAGAAAAUUUCUGCAUACGACAGAACAGAAACCACAACCAUAACAAACAAGGAGUUUGGCAGAGAGAUAUCAGAAAAAGAAAGCCUCCAAGCUCUUGCAGAAGUUGAUGAAACCACCCAAGACAUUCAUCAGGGAGAGAGGCUCUCUGAUUCACCUUCCGACAAGCCAAUUUCAACAGAAGCAGAACCCCAAGAAACCACAGAGAGGAAGGAAGAUGCUCCACAAUGGCUGCUGCGGGAGCCGAUUGUUGAAGCCUCACAGAGUGCUGAAGUUGGAGAAUCACAACCUGGAAAUGCUAUAGGAAACGUCGAUUCACAAGGACCCAAACAUGGAACAGAGAGAAGUAUUGAUGAGACCAAGUCAGCAAAUAUUUCAUUGUUUGACAUGAUGCAGAAAUCCACAAGAGAAAGACAAGUUGUUAGAGACCUGACAGAAGAAAAAGAAGCGAAUGCAAGCAAAGAAGAAACAAGAUUCGAAGGAGUGAAGAUAAAAUCAGAUGAAGAGGAAAAAGAGGAACACAAACAGACAGACACCAGCUCCGAUGCUCCAGUCAUGGUAGAAGCAUCUAGGGAUAUAGUAGAUGUGAAGGUUGCACACAAAAAGUCUCAUAGUAUACUAUCAGGUGUUGGAUCAAAAGUGAAGAACUCAAUUUCUAAGGUGAAGAAAGCCAUUAGAGGAAAGUCUUCUCAUCCAAAACAACAUUCACCAAGAUGA